UUUUAUCGUUUUGCUAUCUCUGAAACACACAGCAAUGGGACCGAAACCAAAAGCCAAGGCGAAGGCCAAGGCCAAGGCCAAAAGCAAGGCUGCCAUGAAGGCUGAGGCCAAGGCAAAAGCCAAAGCCAAAGCCAAAGCAAAGGCAAAGGCUGCUGGUUCAAAGGCCGUGAAGCCCAUGAAACCUGCCAAGGAGCCUGAGGCAGAAGAGGCUCCACAAGAGGAGGAGGCCGAGGGAAAGGCAGAAGAGGAGGAGGUGAAGAAAUCUAAAACCCAGAAGGAGGGGAAGGUGGCCCUCUUCUUGAAGAAGGUCUUGCAGGAAGCAGAUGGCAAGUCCUUCGAUGAAGUCAUGGCAGAUUACAAGCACCGGCUCCGGAGCAUUGAUGCGGCUGUGGCAGGGGCCGCCGACUUAGAGGAGGCUCACGCUUCACAGGCUGCUGCUGCAAAGAAGGAGUUAGACCAGGUGGCGGAAGAGAUUAAAAGCCUUGUCGAUGAGGAGGAGGAAGCCACAAAGAAGCUUAGGACUGUGCAGGCUGAGAAAGCCAAGGCACUGACUUCCUUUGAAGAAAAGAGGAAGGAGCUCUUUGAGGCUGAGCGGAUGCUGACCAUGUUGGAGGUCAUGAGCAAAAACAAGCGCAAAGUGCAGGAACUUGAAGAUGAGCGCGAAAAGGCCUCUGCAGCUCUGAAAGCCUCUGAGCAAAAGAGGAAGGAAGCAAUCCAGGAAACAAAGAAAGCCAUUGCAGAGGUCACUGUGGCCAAAGGCAAAGGGAAAGCCAAGAACAAAGCAAAAUCAAAACCGGCUCCCAAAAGAAAGGCGGCGAACCCCGACGAGGCAGACACAGUGCCAGCGACCGUGCCGCAGGACAUUGAAUAGGUGUGGCAUUCAACUGAGAUGAUGAGUGAGCAACGUCAGCACGUAGAGACGUAGAGAUGCACUGAGCAUGUUGCUGUAUGUAGUUUUCUCAUUGGAAAGGCAUCAAAUGAGAUGAGACCUGUAUGUGCAUGGAUUCUUGGCACCCACUGUAAUGUGUAUAGUUUAUAGCCGGCAUUUGGAUCCAGAAUGAAUAUUAACUGAAAUACAAACAACAUGGCACAGAACACAAAGUUCAAUACUACGUUUCUUUUUUUCCAGGUGAUGUUCAUCCAGGGGAUCUGGGGCUACACUCAUUAGAGUGUACAGCGAACUAUCCAGAAUGGGGAUCAGGUGUUUAACCCCUGGUCCACAGUGGGUGGCUGUGCCAGUCUCUCAUCAUUUCU